UGAUUCCAGCAGUGUCGUUACUGGAGGCUUUAUGACAACAGCGUGAUAGAAUGGCGAACGCGGGUGGCGGUAAUGCACCUAUUUGCGUUGGUGCCAGCCGCCGUUAAAAACCAAGAAGAAGAAGAUGGCGAACGCGGGAAAUGAAAUCGUGUUUAAAAAGGAAACUGUUGCCAAACUUUUGACACGCUCUUUUAAGGAGGAUAAAACCAAAGUCAGCAGUGAUGCUGUCAUACUUGUAGCAGAGAUGCUGAAAGUAUUUGUUGAAGAGGCGACACGCAGAGCUGUUAAACAGGCCGACAGUGAGGACUGUGACAAUAUUGAUAUUGAGCACUUUGAAAAGAUUCUGCCACAAUUGCUUCUUGACUUUUAAUUUUGCUGAGGAGCCAGUAGAUGGCGACGUAACCCAGUUCUGCUGGGCCUGAAGAUCCUGGACUUCACUUUGCAUAUUCGCACAAGCUUCAAUCUUAUU